CCUAGUUUUACGACAACAACAAUGGCGGCUACCAGUGGUAGAUUUGAAAGUGCGAAGAGUAUCGAAGAACGAAGAGAACAGACCAGGAUUGCCAGGGCCGAGGUGUUGCGCCAGGCUAAAGCCAAUUUUGAAAAGGAAGAAAGGUGUAAAGAACUUAAACGACUUCGGGGUGAGGAUACAUGGAUGCUACCUGAUGUGAAUGAGCGAAUUGAACAGUUCUCACAGGAACACUCUCUGAAGAAAAAGAAAAAAAAAGAUAAACACUCAAAAAAAGUAAAGAAAGAGAAGAAAAAAAAGAGUAGGAAACAGAAGUAUGAAAAAAGCAAUGAGUCAACAGAUAGUUCAUCAUCAUUGGAAGUAUUUCAGUCAAAAUUAGAAGAAGCUGAAAAAACUGCAUCCACAAAAGAAGAUUAUAAACGAGAACGGUGGAGGAAACCAGCAUACUCAGAUAAAGCACAAAGUAGUCAAGAAAGUAGAAAAUCAGACUUGGUAAAAUAUAAUAAAAAUUUAAGGGAUAGAUAUAGUUCAACAGAUACUACAAACACCAUCAAUAAAGAUCAGUCUAGUGGUGAUGAAAAAGAUAAUAGGUUUGGGUCUUUAGAAACCUGUAGAAGACAAUCCAAUCCAAGGCAAAAUCAAGACUUUUCUUCUCUUGGAAAUUUGAAACCUAAAUUUUUAAGACCCUCUGAUGAUGAAGAACUGUCAUUUCGUAGCAAGGGCAGAAAUUUUGAGCCUUCUAGUUCAUCUUCAGCAUUGGUUGCUCAGGAUUCUGUGCGUUAUGGUUUUCGAAAACCCACAGAAAACAGUGAAGAAAGUUCUUCAUCGUGGAGCCGAUCCAGCGGAAGAGAAGGAGACAGGAAGUGUUCAUAUCGAAGAUCAUUAGAAACUAGGGGCGAUGUGGACUCUGGGCACAUUUCAGAAGACGUGAGAGAAAAAUCACAAGAUGAAAGCCUGAGAGAUGACUCUCUGAAGAAAGAGCAUCCACAGGACACAAAGUCUCCAUUUGCUGGAGGUGGUCCUGAGGAUGAUUCCAUCCACAUCUUGAGUGUUGAUGAGAAGAAUAAAUUGGGAGCCAGGAUUAUCAAGGCAGAGAUGAUGGGAAAUAUGGAAUUAGCGGAACGACUUAAAGCUCAACUUGAAAAGGCAAAUAAAUUCAAAGGAACUGUAACACAGAUAUCCUCAAAAGAAUCUGGGGUAGGGAAUGAAGACCAAGAAGUGAUCCUUGUCAGAACAGAUCAGUCUGGAAGAGUGUGGCCUGUGCAUACACCAGGAAAAUCUCUGGAAUGUAAAGGAGGAAGAAGGAAGAGACAGAUGGCUUCAACCCAUGAAGAAAAAGAAAGGGUUAGAUACUUUCAUGAUGAUGAUAAUCUCAGCCUAAAUGAUUUAGUCAAGAAUGAAAAGAUGGGAACAGCAGAAAAUCAAAACAAACUUUUUAUGAGGAUGGCAUCUAAGUUUAUGGGAAAAACAGAUGGAGACUACUACACUCUCGAUGACCUGUUUGUCUCCAAAGCAGCUGAGAAAGAACGUUCUGGUGAAGAGGAAGAGAACCAGAGGAGGAAAGCAAUUGCCGAGCACCAGAGUCUGGCUGCACAAAUGGAAAGAUGUCUGUAUUGUUUGGACAGCUCUCAGUUUCCCAAGCACCUCAUUGUUGCCAUAGGUGUUAAGGUUUAUUUAUGUUUACCCAACUUCCGAUCUCUCACCGAGGGGCACUGCCUGAUAGUCCCUUUGCAGCACCACAGAGCGGCCACCUUACUGGAUGAAGACGUCUGGGAGGAAAUUCAGAUGUUCCGAAAAUCAUUGGUAAAGAUGUUUGAAGAUAAAGGACUGGACUGCAUCUUUUUAGAAACACACAUGGGCAUGAAGAAGCAUUGUCAUAUGGUUUAUGAGUGCAUCCCUCUCCCAAAGGAAGUGGGUGAGAUGGCUCCCAUCUAUUUUAAGAAAGCCAUAAUGGAAUCUGAUGAAGAAUGGUCCAUGAACAAGAAAUUGAUUGAUCUCUCUUCAAAAGAUAUCAGAAGAUCUGUACCCAGAGGCUUACCUUACUUCGCUGUGGAUUUUGGCCUCCAAGGAGGGUUUGCCCAUGUCAUUGAAGAUCAACACAAAUUCCCUCAUUACUUUGGAAAGGAAAUCAUUGGUGGGAUGCUGGAUAUAGAACCAAGACUCUGGAGGAAAGGGAUCCGGGAAAGCUUUGAGGAUCAGAGGAAGAAAGCCCUGCAGUUUGCUCAGUGGUGGAAACCAUUCGACUUCACCAAAAGUAAAAAAUGUUGAGUCAUACAUUUCAUUUUUAAAAUUUCUUCUUCAGAUUCCUUUCAGUUUUACUUCCAUUGUGUCUGACUAGACCACUGACCCGCAGGCCAGAGGGAGAGAAAGUCCCGCUCUGGGUCUCAGACACCCGGGCAUCACUGGAUUGCCUUUCCUGUCCUACCUUGUCCUGCGACUGCUUUGUAGUAACUGGGGAGCAAGAUCAGAAACAGGGGGGCCCCACUCACAUUCCCGUUCUGUACCCAUGUCUUGGUGUUUUCAGCUGUGCAGUUUAAGAUGUGGAAAGACUUUUCUGAAGGAUUAUCUGGGAGGUACAGCAGAUCGUUGGUUCAGAGGGAAGUGGGUCUGCUUCAAGAUUGUGAAGACUAUUGUCUGGCUUCUCUUGAAUAUUUUAAACCGAAUUGGCAUUUUCAGUAAUAAUUGCAAUUUCUUUUCGUAGCAUUUUAUAGAAAGGCUCUUUAUUUUCUACUGGUAGUCACUGCUCUUCUUUUUAUCAAAGGAAAAAGAAUGUCCCAAGAAUAAUAAAGAAUUAAAUGAA